AACAGCUCUAGUCCAGGUCACUUCUUAAGAAGAAAAACCAGAAAAAGGUAGCGUUGGCUCAUCAUGACCAUUGGAAUUCAGGUCCAUCAGAAAGCUUUACGUUUCCUGCCAAGUACAGCAUUGAUGCAUCCCUGGCAAUUGAAGACGAUGAUGAGCAUAGCAAUCCUUCUCGUCUUUCCUUUUCUCUCUUCUUCGCUACUCGAAGGGAAUUGCAGCUAUGAUGAGUGCUUCAGGAGAUGAUCACAUGAAAUCGCCCCGCUACGAAGAUCCAUCAGCAAAGCUCUGGUAUUCCUAUCUCACAGAAGCAGAAAAGCACGAUCGCGCACUAGCGCACAACUGGAAGGGCGACAUGGACUCAAUUCUGAUAUUUGCUGGUCUGUUUUCUGCUAGCGUGACUGCAUUCAUUAUAGAAAGCUACAAGUCACUGUUACCCAAUACAGAUGACAAGGUCAUAUUCCUGCUUGCCCACAUUUCCGAUCAGCUAGGUGUCCGUGUCCAACGGGUCGCACCCAGCUAA